ACUACCACACUCUCGUUUUAAUGUUCGUAUCGGAGCGGGUAGUACAAAAAUAAGGAUAUCCGUCCCUUAGCCUAGUAAGCUGGUGUCUAGUGAUAUAGCUGGGAUCGAAACAGUAAUCAUUAUCUUAUUUUUAUCGCUUUGUCGUGAAUCUGUAAUCGCAUCUACAGAACGGAUUUGAUGGAUUGUAUUUCGGUAUUGACAUUUUAAUGACAACAUUGAAAAAUAGAGGAAAAAUAAUGUUUUGAUCAAUAGCUACAAUACAAAAUCGCUGAAAAAAAACUAUAAUUUCCGGGAGGAGCUGUUUGACGGGAUAUGUAAUUAGAUCAUAUAAAACGAUUAAAAGCGUCUUCGUUGAGCUUUCGGACGCUGAUGGAAUUUUGAUUCCAUGAAUUACCCAGGAAAUGAGCCGUAUCGUGGAUGUGAUGUCUUUAAUGAACGUUCAAGACAGUAUCUGGCAUUGAGUUAGUAAUAAAACAGGAUUCAUUUUAUGGAUUUUAAGAUUGUCCAUGAAUUUAACAUUUAAACCAAAAAUACGGACGAGAGGAAGAUGUGAAUAACGCUCUGUGAUGAUGUUAUGAAAAAGACGACGAAUGAGAGAAAAGUUCCAAAGACUUCAUCACUUUUAAUUAUUCUUUCGUUUAAGAUGGCGGUUUCGGAUAAUGAUCCGACAAUGAGGUAAAAAUUUAGUCGAGAACCGACCGUACACACUGAAGCAUGCGUUAUUGUCACAAUGCUUAUCUCAAUACAGCUCGUGCUUGGGAUUGUAGCGAUCAGCCUUCCCGUUAUCCAAACGGUGGACCUCAGUUGUGACGAGAAUGAUAUCUGCCAAGGAGAAGGUCCCAUUCCCGAGAGGUCGUGUUGUAAAGGACUCGGAGGGGCCGAGUGUAGCCCCGGACACGCGGAUUGUAAUGAAUUACUUGGAUACGAGUGUUCAAGUCCGGAACAUCGGCCAGCGUUUUGUACAGGUCACUUUGGUAUGACAAUCACCAAUAUCAGUAUAACAAGCAUAUCUCUCUCUUGGGAUGACUUCAAGCCGCCUGGCUACAGGUUUGAGUACAGCAUUCUGUACUCCACCGUGUUCUCCAACGACACGUCACUAUGGACUCGCGAAGAGCACGGGGACAUGUCAUUCGCCACUGUGUACGGACUGCAGCCAAACACGCUGUAUUUCAUGAGAGUUGUUACCUGGCAACAGCUGGACGUCAUCGCAAACCUGACAGAGACAGUCGUUACCAGCACGACAGUUCUGCCGUACUGUUAUUACAAUAGUAUGAAGCUCCGAGUGGGACAGGAGUUCCAGAUAGACUGCGAGGACGUGUGUGUCUGUAUGACGGACGGGGAACUGGAGUGCCGCCCUGUGUGUAACGAUACCUCUCUCCUCCUCCCCACCGCCCCUAACCUCGUCUGCCGCGAGGAAAUGAAGGGAUGUUGUCCGACCACUGUCUGUGACGAGAAAAGUCUUCUAACUAAGCCAGUGGAAACCGCUAUCCUCCGACCCGCUGAGUACCAGACGUGUUCGCAGUAUAGUGACCGGGGUAUCAGGACAUGGCACACAGACUGUCUGAGUUACUGUAACUGUACCGGAAGUGAUGUCGUUUGUUACCCACUCUGUACGACCAGUCCUGAGCCUGUGUUGUCAGGAGCGGAUUGCCGCCUGGUCAAUCAACCUUAUCUCUGCUGUCAUCAAUGGAUAUGCCAGCCAUUCAACGUCCACACAGUGACGCUAAACGUGACGCUUCAGUUAGAAGGUCACUGUGAAGAAUCUGAUCAGGUCCUUUUAUCCUUGCUCUCUGAGGCUGGGGCAUCAUUAAUGUACUUCUACAGUCUGAGAGAGUGCUUUGUCCCCGAAGCUGACGGGGUAUCUUGUACUAUAGACAGAACCUAUAUUCAGUGUCGACCUGAACAAAGUCUGGAUAAGAUCCACCUCAUGUUGUCUGCGUCACUCCGUGUACGAAUCACCAAUCAUAACAUUACGUUAGAUGACCUUGUGGCCAUGUUGUACAACAGUACUGGAACUAUGACGUCAGCUGCCCUGUAUGACGGAAACAUGACAUUCCCUGUGGCGGCUGUCCACAUAACACAACCCAUUUAUACAUGUUGUAAAGGAUUUUCCUGGAAUGGUUUCAAAUGUGUGAACCUGAGCGAAUCUUCCAGUCGUCUGUUCCAAAUCUACGAGGUCCUGGAGCGUUCUGUGGUCCUUAACUUGUCCUUGUCUCUAUAUGAUGAAGAUAUCACCAGCAUUGUCGUCUGCUGGAAACAGUUAGACAAGGAGACACAAGUCACGCAGAUUCCAGUCAAUAAAUCAAGAACAAAAGUUUACAUCACUGACCUUGACCCUUCAACCAUGUACACAGCUUGGCUGGAUGUCCUCGUACAAAACGUCACUUGGGUUCAUUUCCAAGAAAUCCACUUCUUAACCACAACAGCGUCUCUAAUCGACACGCGGACGUACCAAAACUACCUUGUCGGAGUCAUUGUUGCCAUGGUUACAGUCACAGUGGGCGUAUUGGUGGGCGGGUCUAUACUCCUAAUCCGGAAACGCUGGCUGACACAUAAGGCACAUAUACCUCAACAAAACGCUUUUGAGAACAAGAUAUUUGAGAUACGAGUCAGGGAAGAUGGUAUAUACUAAAACGUUAUAAAACAAUUGAGAUCCUUGACUUUUGAAUCACCAAUGAUUCAAAGUGUCAUUGUAGCCAAGAGGAGGAGACAAAGAAACUACUUUAACAGACAUUUCCAAUCUGGACAAAGCCUCCUCCAAUGUGUAUUGCUCACACACUUGGAGGAUGACGAAGCAUUGCAAAACAUUCAUUUUCAUCAGUGCAAGUCUGUGGUCACCAAGUACAUUCUGUCAGUGUAUGCCCUGAAUUAUGAAACAUUACAAAACAUUUUGUGGUGUAGAUGUGACAACGCCAUUCAUUUUUGAAGAGCACUACAAAUUCAUUUCAUUUCAUUUUAUUUCAUCAAAAUUUGUCACUGUAACUCAAAAAACCUUCGAUCACGUCGAGAAUGUACGAAAAACGAAUCACGUUACGCUCGGAUUGCUUUAUCGGUGAGUGCCCAAUUCGAAUUGAUUUGCCUUCGUUGUGGUUUUUGACAAGUACACUGUAAAAGACUCAAUUCCAAGAGCACAAGCGUAUUACUGUUACUAGUAAUUGUAUUGAAAUAACUAUAUCAGUGUAAUCCUUACUCCGUCAAAAGAAGCUCAAUUUCAUUGAUAACGUAAUAUUGCAAAUGCGAACAAAAUACAAUUGCUUUAAAAUUUGAUAGAUUCAUCUUCAGAUGAACACAAAAAUACUCAAAAG